UACUCAGCGUCCACACCAACAUGAACUCGAAGCUCCUUCUCAUGGCAGUCGUGGCUGUCGCCGCCGCUGACAGGCGACCUUACUCCUACUCCGCCCCUGAGUUCUCCUCUGAGGAAUUCGGCCCCGCCCAUUACAACUUCGACUGGGCGGUCCAACACAGCGACUCCGGCAACAACUUCGGCCACCAGGAGGCCCGCGACGGCGACGACACCCAAGGAUCGUACUACGUGCAGCUUCCCGACGGCCGUCUUCAGACCGUCAGGUUUAACGUGCAAGGAGACUCUGGAUUCGUACCCGAAAUCUCGUACGAAGGAGAGGCUCGUUAUCCUGACUCCUUCGAGUCGUUCGAGUCUCGUGAAUCUCGUGGCUACGCCCCUCCAAGACCCGUGUAUGGUUAAAGGUAUAGAAGAGAAGACCCUUUUGCUACUUCGGCUACCACUACUAUAACUUAUGUUACAUCCCUAUAUUAAAUAUAUUUUGUACUAAUAAAUCAUGCGAAUCAUAUUGUUGUAUGAUACUAAAGGGUACAAUUCCUUAUAAAAAAUAAAUGAUAUCCAAAGAAUAUAUAUAGUUAUGUGGGUGUAAUGUA